UAUGUGCUCAUGUAAAUGAAAAAUCACAGCGGAGCAUACAGCACAUGCUGUAACCACCAAAGGCAACCUCGGGGACUGGCUCCAGCAGGCCUGGGAGGCGACGCGAGGACAGCGGCGCAGGGCAGGGGGCGGUGGGGUGCUUUCCCGCCCGGUUCCCGCCGGCGUCCGGGGUUGGGUCGGGAUCCCGCUGGCGGCGCCAGGGCGGGGCCUCGUGCCGGGGCCGAGCUGGCGAGCGCAGGUCCCGGCUCUGGAGCCCGUGAGACAUGGCCGCCCCCCGCGACGCUGAGAGCCAGAAGGUCGACAUCUGGAAGGACGUGCAGGUAUUAUGGCUGUGGUCUGGUCAUCCCUGAGUGUCUGGAAAACUGCUGGAUUUUGGAUUUGGGUAGUGGAAGUGGCAGAGAUUGUUAUGCACUUAGCCAACUGGUUGGUGAGAAGGGCCACGUCACAGGCAUAGACAUGACUGAAGGCCAGGUAGAAGUGGCUAAAAAAUACCUUGACUAUCACAUGGAAAAAUAUGGCUUCCAGACAUCCAAUGUGACUUUUAUUCAUGGCUACAUUGAGAAGUUGGCAGAAGCUGGAAUUCAGAAUGAGAGUUACGAUAUUGUUAUAUCCAAUUGUGUUAUUAACCUUGUGCCUGAUAAAGAACAAGUGCUGCAGGAAGUGUAUCGAGUCCUGAAGCACGGUGGGGAGCUAUAUUUCAGUGACGUCUAUGCUAGCCUUGAAUUGCCAGAAGAAAUCAAGACACACAAAGUUUUAUGGGGUGAGUGCCUAGGUGGUGCUUUGUACUGGAAGGAUCUUUUCUUCCUUGCCCAAAAGAUUGGAUUCUGCCCUCCACGUUUAGUCACUGCCAAUCUCAUUACAAUUCAAAACAAGGAACUUGAAAGAAUCAUUGGUGAUUGUCGUUUUGUUUCGGCCACAUUUCGCCUCUUCAAACUCCCUAACACUGGACCAACUGAAAGAUGCCAAACUGUUUACAAUGGAGGAAUCACAGGACAUGAAAAACAAUUAAUAUUUGAUGCAAAUUUCACAUUUAAGGAAGGUGAAAUUGUUGAAGUAGAUGAAGACACAGCAGCUGUCUUGAAGAAUUCACGAUUUGCUCAAGAUUUUCUCUUCAGACCAAUUGGAGACAAGUUGCCAGCAUCUGGAGGCUGUUUUGUGUUAGAGUCAAAGGAUAUUAUCACAGAUCCAUUCAAGCUUGCAGAAGAUUCUAACAAAAAGCCCAAGUGUGCCUCCAGUGUUGUUGGAGGCUGCUGUGGCAAAAAGAGAAGCUGCUAAAUAAAUCUACAACCAACUAGGAGACCACGCGACUGAAGAACAACAGGCUGCAUGUUUUUAGCUUGCUCUUCCCCAUAGCACAUAGGAAUAAAUGGUAAAAAAGGCAAAAUGUUUUGGAUUACUAAUAAAAAAAUAAGUGAAUUAUUUUAGAAGGUGUUGAUUAAAGGUUCACAGCAAAUCACCUAAAGUUUAGACUAGUUAAGCUGUUUUUAUUCUAUUUCUUCAGUAAUUCAGAGUUCUAGUGCCACCUAGUGGUCAGAAGUGGAACUGAGUGAAGCAGUCCUAUGGCUGGGCCAAGGGGCAAGAAAGGCUUUGGAAAUAGAGUUGGCAGAGGACCUCAGGAAGAACGUCUUUCUUCUGGCCUGCUGGGCAGCACCUUUUGGACUUUUCUCCAUGUUUUCUCUAAACAAAUCUACUACUGAAGUCAGGUUAAUCAUGCCAAAAAAUUGGCAAGUCAAAUUUGAUAGGCAUGCUCUUAAUAACUCAUUUUUUGGUACUGCAGAUUGAGCCCAGGGAUGCUUUACUACUGAACAACAUCCCAGCCCUUUUUAUUUCCUUAUUUUGAAAUAAGUGUUGCUAAGUUGCCGAGGCUUCCCUCAAACUUGCGAUCCUCCUGCCUCAGUGUUGAGAGCCACAGCUGAAGGGGCCCCAGCAAACUUCCAGCUGCGGGCUGAUGAUUGGCUCACAGCAGCCCCAGCAACAUCUAGCUGAUUGGCUCCUCUGCCGUGAUGCUCAUUGGGCUGUUUCCCUGCCCUUUCAGACCACGGAGCUGCUCAUUGGGGGACUUUUUUGGCUCCGCCCAUGUGACCCAGCCAAUCGGCCUCAAGAGCAGGAGGAUUGUGGGAGGUGGAGAGAAGCUGGUGUUGGAGGGAGAGGCUUGUGGGAAGCCGGUGGUGGCAGUUGAGGCUCUGAGGGUUUUUCCUGAGAGGCUGUUUUGUUUGGCGUGUGUGGUUCUAAAAAUAAAGUUCCUUUCUUUUGACAAGUGGCUCCUGAAUCUUGCCCAGCCAGACUGCGACACCUCAGCCUCCUGAAUUUGCUGGGGUUACAGGUGUGUGCCACUGCACCCUGUGAGAUUUUAAACCAAAUACUUCUAUCUUUUUCUUUUUGUGCAGUUGAAUGUAGAAAACAAUGAAUAAAAUUGUUGACCCUAA